AAAGGACAAUUAAACUUAGUCUUUAUUGAAUUUACCGAAGUUACUAACGACGUUAUAUUAAAGAAUGUUUUGGAACCCGUUUUUGAGAAUAUCCCUUUUGGUACUCCUGGUACCUUUGAUAUUGUGUGAGAAAGUAUCACCGAAACCUGGCCUGAAAGGAUUCAGAGAGGAUUACAAAAGUAUUACCGAAACUUGUCAGGCUGUUGGAUUCAUCAAGAAGUGUCAAAGUAACACCGGUAAAUCUAUGGUUGCGUUUGAUGUCCGAAUGAGAAAUCAUAGGAGGAAUCUUGGCAAAGGUUCAAAGGUUGUAUUUGAUAAGGUGGACCUGAAUGAGGGACAGGGAUACGACGCUUCCUCGGGAGUCUUCACGGCCCCUCACAGCGGAAUUUACGUUUUCGACUGGACAACUCUGACUUUGCCAGGCAAAAAUGCUUUCACUUCCGUCGUUGUAAAUGGCUCCUAUAAGUCAUGGAAUUACUGCAAUGACCGUACCAAGAAUUUAUGGCUUCCUUGCAGCAAGAUGACGGUGGUAAAACUGAAACAAGGAGACAAAGUUUGGAUUGGAGUUAACAGUGGAACUGCAGACAUACAUAAGCAAUACACAUCGUUUUCCGGUUAUAAACUGUAAAUAUUUUUGUAUUAAAGAAAUUGUUGAUUGAA